AUGAAGGUCAAGCAAAAGUCCGUUUGCCAGACAUGUAGGACGCGAAAGCUAGGGUGUGAUGGAAAACGCCCAGGUUGUAGUCAAUGUGUUUUAUCAGGACGAUUCUGUGAUGGCUACAGCACCAACUGGACAUUUGUGUCCCAGGACGAUGGGCUCCCAAAAGCUAAAGAGCAGCACUCAAAGUGGGUUCAGCAAUACUCCAAAAGCCAUCUCCAUUCACCAGAUGAUGUCAUGGAGCAUAGCCAAUACGCGAACGACUCUGUGUCACUGCUGCCAUCUCUAAGGCCAGAUAAUAAUGAUUUCAUGGGACUUAUCAUUCAGAACUAUAUCCCAGGAGAUCAAUUGAUGAUAACGGAUGGCAUUACAGAUGACAAAGGCUCUCGCAUAUGUGGCUCUUGGAUAGAGGUUCUUCCCGUGCUUGAAAACCAGAGUGCUAGGGACCCAGUCCUUCCCACAGCCAUUAAAGCAUUGGCGGGCUCAAUCGGUUCUCAAAAGCAAGAAGCCAAUCAGUCGAUUCUCAGUUGCUCACAGCCUUAUCAGGUUGCAAUUCGGGCUCUCCGGAAAAGCUUUGCUCGCCCAGAUCACACAUUCAGAACCGACUUGAUAGCGGCCGCUAUGUGUCUCACUUUGGUUGAGCUCAUGCUCCCAGAGUCCCUUCCAGCUUUGACAGCUCAUGUCAAAGGAGUUGGUCUCUUGCUCCUAACUUACGGUCCAGAGGCAUGCAAAUCUGGCGCGCUACAUAAGCUAUUCGUGGGGUUCCGUCCACUCUUGGUAUUGGAGGCAUUUCGACACCGACAGCCAGUCUUUCUGGCGUCACCAGAAUGGUUUGAAAUCCCGUUCUUUAUCCUCAGCCCGUCACUGAUGCAGAGGCUUUUGAGUAAGGCUGUCAUAAUUCCCUCGCUCUUUCGGAAAUGUGAUGAAAUUCUCGAUACGCCCUGUGCCAGUGAUAUCUCCGAAAUACGGGGCAUCUGUCGAUCCUUUAUUGACAUUGUGCGUCAAUUAGAGGACUGGGAAACCUCAACUCGAGUUGAAAUCGGUCGGCCUUACUUCUGGAAUCAGGAUAAGACUUUCUCUUCAAGAAGUCCCCCCACGUUUGAAGAGUCGUUCCUCUGGUAUGACAAUGUCACCAUGGCAAACGUCUUCACUCACCUGUGGGCGUUCCACAUCGUUUGCCUCUCCGAAAUUGAGAGAUUGAUGCUAUUGUUUCCCGAGACACUGCUGGGCGAAACUUCGUUACUUAGCCUGAAAGACGUGGGUGAUAUCACUAGCAGGACAUUGACACUCUCCAAGCAAAUUUGCCUGAGUAUGGAAUAUCUGAUGCAAGAUGAAAUGAAGCUGUUUGGGCCCGCAUCGACGUUUUUCCCACUCCAGGUUGCCAACGAGAAACUCAGGGCAUAUGGACCAGCAAAUCAAGAAUAUGUGGAUUAUAUCGAGCAGCUUGUCGGCAGACUAGUUCGAAAGGGUCUUCGGUCUGCUCCUAUUCUCGUCCCCACUGGAAGGACAUAG